AGUAUGGUUACUGCUUUUAAAUAUAUUAAAUCCAUCUAAAUCUCCUGCGGCGUAGCCUAAACGAGUACACGAGGGACUGUAAGAGUGAAAAACAAAUAAUUCAGGGAGUUCAAGGAAGCUCAUAAUUCAGGGCUUAAAUCACCAUGAAAAUAACAAAUCGAAAGGUGUGAGCCUUCCCCGCCAAUUCCAUUGCACAAAUGGUCGCUCCCGGACACUGCCCAGCACAUCCGUCUCUUCCGUUCCCAAAUCGUAGUCAGAAGAUUCGACGACCAAUCCCUGAGAAUCCUCGAAUCGGUUCUCGCUUGCAAAGAUGUGAAGUCGAUCAUGGAAACGCGAUGGAGCUUGAAAGAAUCGGAAUCUGUCACCGCCAUUCGCGAGCUCUCACCGCGCACAGUAGAGCAGAAGCUUUCCAUCCUCAAUUUUUCGUCCGCGCUUUCGUUCUUAUAAGCGACAUCGAGACCCUAGUAUCCCUUAACAAUGCUGAUCAAGAAGAUGUCAAAACUGGUGAACCUUUACAAUGUCCAGAAGCGGGUUUAUGGUGUUAAGCGGGUCAAGGAGCGUGCUCUGAGGUUUGGAGCUUCAAGCUUUGGUAUGUGUUGUCUGCACUGCUAACUGUUUCCUUAACAGUUAAAAUGAACAACAUCCCAGGUUGGCCUUACCCUACACCCCCUUGCUCCCCUCAUCUAAAUAUUAGUUAAAAUGAACUACAGCAAGGCAAAUGUAUAAUGCAGCCAGCUAUCCAGGCUGGUGAUAUGGAAUUGUUUUAUCUUAAAUGCCUUAUGAUUGUGCUCAAAUGUUGUAGUCCAUCUUGACUAUGAUUUUCUUUCUUUGGUAAGGAUUGCUGCAGAUAACAAUUGGUGGUAUCAUUACUACAAUUAUAUCACUAAGAGGAAGCAGAUUGUAACAUAUUCUACUAGAUAGUUUGCUUAAAUGCUUUGUGGUUAUUCUAAAAUUAAAAGUUAUGCUUAAAUUCAUAAAUUGACUGUUACUGCUUAAUUGAAAAUGAUGGCGAGGUGAUGCUUUGGUUGUGAUAUGCCCAUUUAUUAAGAAGAAAUUCAAAGCUUGACUUCUAUUUUCAAGUUUUAAUUGGACAUAUCAGUUAAAAAUAGUCAUGAACCAGUGGAAUAACUCGCUGCUUUGGGAGUUGAUGGCCAUGGCAAUGUAGAAUUUGCUUUCUUGUGUUUAUAUAAUGAUAUCCCCACUUAAAAUUCAUCUUUUCUUCAGAAAACAAACUUGUUCAUGUAGACAACUCGAUCAGGUUCUUUGCUAGGUUUCGAGAAGAACUUCGUGGACCAUACCGACAUAAUGGAGAUAAGGGUGCACAACAUCUGUGAGGGUUGAGUGUGAUGCAUAUCCAACUUAUGUAUAUAUAUGCUAAUGGAUCUACCAGUGCAGCAGAGUAACUGAUUUCAUACUGCAAGUGGUCACCAGAAAUGAAGUUAAUUACUCGAGGCUAGCAAAUAACAACUACUUGGUGACUGGUGAGUUUUGUUAUGCACAGACUAGAUGUAGUUUUCCUUGUUUCGGUUCAACAGCUUAAGUAGCCAAGUGCCAGAAAGAAAGGCAGGAAGAUUUGAGAAUGAUUGGACACAAGUAUUAGGCAGAAGAUAGCUUUAAAAUUAGGAUAUACCACUAGUAGCAAGGCUGCACGUGGUUAUACCACAAGUACGUUUUUAGCUGGAAAAAUAAAUUUAAAGAAAAGGCAAAGCCAAGAGUUGACGUAGAGGAGUUGCAACCUCUGCUGUGCUCUGGUUGGGCAUAUGAAGAGCAUCUAAUUGAUUCUCAAUGUACUGAUGAUCUGUAGCAAUAGGACAAAGUUGUCAGAUUGUAGUUUAUCAUAAGAAUUCCUUUGCAGGUUUCAAGUGAGGAUUAUCUUAAAUAUUGUCAGGUUCUGGGACAGAUAUAAAUUUCAUCUUGUGCAGAGAGGGAAAAACUUAAUUAGUUCCACCAGCAGCAGCAACAGAUUAGCUUAGCUUAGCUUAGCGCCUUGGCCAUGGACCAUGGUGUUUGGUGUCGUCAUCAUCACGUGGUAUCUCAUUACUGGAACAGGCUAGUAAUUUUUUCUUCUCCUUGGCAGGAGAUACUGGUAAUAAUGGAGGGAGGCGACGUUGGAAAUCUAAACAACCAACGGUGCCUGCUCAAGCAACUGAAUUUCAAGUCUCUGUUUGCUAGCUAGCCAGCCAGCCACUCGAGCCCAUCAGCUGAAACAGAUAGAGACACAACAAACAGGUUAGUCUUGCCAAACAUGUUGCUUCUUAUCUUUUCCACCUCUCUUUUGAAGUAAACAAAUGAAAGCAGGGGGAAAAAUACAAAUAAAUAUGCACACUUCAAGGGAACCAAAUCUUCCAUAUCAUCAAGCACAUUAAAUGCUCUUUGCAUUGGGAGCUUGGGUGUGUUUUAAUUUCCUCCAAGAGGGAGAGAUAGAUAGAACUGCCAAGAUGUCUGUUUCUCCUCUUUUAACUUAAAACUAUUCCCCCAAGAGACAAAACAAUAACAAAAACAACACAAAGGUUCUCACCACCUACUAGGGAAAGAAUCAAGUUACUGUUUUUUCCCCGUCUUCCUAGAUUGUCAUAGGGUUCUGAAAUUUGGGAUUAAUAGAAAAAAAUUCAACAGGUUGCCCGCCCUGCUGAUUACUCUAUUUAUUUUGUGUUGAGAUAUGAUUCUAUGUACCAACACAAGCUUGAUUUAGAAUAAGAGUUUGCCUAUCCUGCUAAGCGGCUAGGUGUAGUCAUCGUAAUUACACCUCUACGGUUGUUAAAUUCGUCACAAGACGGAUGUGGUGCAAGAAGGAUACAUGGAAAGGUGAAUGUUUGUAGUGUGCCUUUUUUUUUAGCAUCCUGCUGCACAGAUGGUUAUGGUGCAAGAAGGAUACAUGGAAAGGUGAAUGAUUGUAGUGUGUUUUUUGCAUCCUGCAAGCACCAUUUGUAUCCCGUUGCGAAUCUUAUGACCAAGACGGUUAAACACAUGCUUGUAUCUAAUCUAUUUUGCAGCUCAAAUUGCUACAAUAAUUUGGAUUGUCCGUUCAAUGGAGUAGGCAUAAGCACUACUAUGCUUACAGUUACUCAGUUACACCUACCUAUUACAGUAGUAUGAUUUUGGAUCAUAUGAUUACGAUGCAUACGAGAAAAAUAAAUGAUCGUCAUGCAGUUACAUUCCCUGCAUACAUCAGAAUCACGACCAUUUCGAUUGCGAAUCUGAAGAUUGACAGGUGGGAGAUACCUUAUUCCGAAAGUAAAGGAAAAUCAAAUACAAGAAAUGCAAUGAC